UUCGUCCCUCUUUUUGCAUUCUCGUGUGCUCCUCACUCUCGCCCGCCAAGCUUCCCAUCAAUUCUCUGCUCGAGGCAUCUCACUGGCGAGAGACGCUGACCAAGCGCUAUGGAUCGCCUAGUCACGCUUCACGUACUUCUUCUCCUCGCGCUCUUCUUCUUGACGUUGACAAUCAGCUCAUGCGCUGCGCACAAUCCGAGCACCCCAGUCGAAGCGGCAAAGAUCAUUUCGGACUACGUUGCAGCACAUCCACUAGACGGAGAGAAGCUGCACUGGGCCGCCGAUUCACCGAUAUGCCACAUCGCCCUGUCCCAGUCCAGCAGCUACAACAGCAGCGACCUUGGCCCCACCUCGCCUCUGCGCGAGCAGAUGGACUGUCUUGCCAUCUCUGUUCCCUACACCUACUCUGAUCCCAACGACCAACGCAGAGCCGAUCUGGCAAUCUUUCGCCUAGUGCCUAGCCAGAUCAGAUCGGGCAAGCGUCAGAGCAAAGGAAGGAUCUUCCUCAAUCCAGGCGGUCCAGGCGGAUCAGGAAGUAUCUUUCUAGCCGCCAAUUGGCAACACUUCCUGGACCGCACCAAUGCAGAGUACGAGCUGAUCGGAUGGGAUCAAAGGGGCGUCGGGCAGUCCCAGCCUUCUGCUCCGAUCUGCUUCGGCAGCGGCGUCGAGCAGGCGCGUUUCGAAUUGGACGUUCAGAUCAAUGUGCCCAUUCUCCAGCCAGGCACCUCCCCCACACCGGAGCAGAUUCGUGCGCUACGAGAAGAUGUGGAUCAUUCGCUCGCUCGCUAUGCGGAGUGGAGGAAUGGCUGCUUGAAAUACAGCUCGAAAGAUAGCGUCGACUUUCUGCCGUUCAUUGGCACUUUUUACACGGCUCUCGAUCUAGAAUACAUGCGUCAGCUCCUGGCUCAUCACCAAGACUUUGCGCCGACCGCAGCGCCACGUGACGAUGGAAUCGCAACGAGUCCCGACUUGCUUCAUUACUGGGGCAUCUCUUACGGCACCACGAUCGGACAGCUGUACAUGGCAAUGUUUCCGGAACAGACUGGGCUCUUCAUUCUGGACGGCGUGGUCAACGCUUCGUCGAGCUUACACAAUCGCGUCUCUCGUCAGACCGUGGGCGAUCAAGCGGAAGCCGUGCUGGCGCUCGAGGGCUUUUAUAAAGCAUGCUUGGCCGCUGGACCGUCGAGCUGUCCCUUGUCCUCUCACUCGAAAGAUGCCAAACACCUCGCUGACGUGGUAGACGUCGGUCUUCGUCGCAUUCAUGACGAACCAAUGCGAGCCUCAUCACGGAACACCACGUUUCUGGCCGGCCAAAGCCUUUCCAACGGUACCAUAACACUGCCGCAAAUCGAGGCUAGGAUGCUGUCUCUGCUGAUCAGUCCUUUGAGCAGACUUUCUGGAGGCUACGCUACUCUUGCGCGAAUCCUCAAGGGUGUAGUCGACGGAGAUGCCGAUGAGGUGUACGCAGCAGGCUUCAGGUUCUCCCUCGACGCAGCGUCCGCUGGCAAUUCGACUUCAGGUGGAGCACUACCUGACGACGGCAUCUCGAUCGUGUGUCAAGAUGCACCUUCGGACGAUUGCAUCUCCACAUCAGAUGCGCUCGUCGAUUGGAUCCUCGACCAGUCCAUUCCCAUCUCCAAAUAUUUCGACCCGGUCGUACUGCCCAGCCUGUCAUGCUCCGCAACGGGCUUGGAUCAUGCUCAUGAGCGCUGGACCGGACCGAUGCCGAUGGACCAGCCCAGCCAGCCCUUGCAGCUUCGGAACAAGGCUCUGAUCAUCGGCAAUGUGCUCGAUCCGAGCACGGCAGGAGCCCAAGCGAGAGCCCUUCAUGCCCACUUGCCCAACAGCAGCUAUCUGCUCAUUCAUCACGGUGCAGGACACACAAGCUGGGCGCAGCCCUGCAUAUGCACGCACGAACUCGUUCGGCUCUACUGGGGUUUGGGAAGCUUGCCUGCACCCGUCCUGAAGUGCUCGGCAGGUCUCUUGCCUCUCUUCGGGAGACCAUCGCCUCUCACAUACUUCUGAGCCGAUGCGAAGACGCUGUGAAACCCGUCGUUGCGAGAGCUUGCCGACAUUUCACGUUUUAGAAAGCAUGUUUCAAAGUAAGCAUGUUUCGCGCAAUCAUGCACCUGUUCGUAAAAUGAGCCACGUAGGCGCUGAUCUGAUUGAAGUGCUAAGAUUGAUAUGGCUACAAUGUGGGGAGUGACGAGAUUCA